AAGACAACGAUUUCUUCUCCAAAGGCAGUGUUGAGCGGACAACAGUUGAAGAAAGAGCUACUCCAAGAAAAGAUCUAUAGUUGAUAUUGCACGCAACGAACCCAACAGGGAAUUAGCAAUCAGAGCCAUGAGGAUUUUGGCAUUUGUCCCACUCAUGGUGGCGUCCGUAUUGGCAAUUCCCCAAUACGGCCAACCUGCACAAGCAGGUCAAACGGUUCCAAUUACUAAGGAACAAUGGGCCACUCUUAACCCGUAUGGCUCUUCAGCCACGUACGACAUUCAGAAACAGUGGGAAAAUUUCUAUGAGUACCUUCCUUGGCUGAAAGGUCCUCCUGGCCCACCGGGACCACCAGGAGCUCCUGGCUCUUCUGGCGGUGGUGGAGGUGGUGGCUAUGGAGGCUAUGGUGGUAAUUCCUAUGCCCAACCCCAAGUCAUUCCUGGACCACCCGGACCACCUGGUCCUCCCGGCCCUCCAGGAUACAAAGGUGAUGCAGGUGCCCCAGGAACCCCUGGUUACGCUGGCAAACCCGGACAACCAGGCCCUCCCGGUAAACCAGGUGCACCGGGAUAUCCUGGACCUAAGGGAACACCGGGCUAUAAUGGAGCUCCAGGAUCACCAGGCAAACCAGGCUACAACGGUGAAAAGGGAUCUCCUGGUUAUAACGGCGCUCCAGGUCUCCCAGGCGGCCCUGGUCUUCCUGGUAAAGACGGUUACUCGGGAGCUCCCGGACCGGCAGGACCUAAAGGUGAAACAGGUCCACCAGGCUACACUAUCCCAUCCAAAAUCCCUGGACCUCCCGGAGCACCUGGAUACCCUGGCAAAGACGGAGCUCCAGGUUACAAUGGCGGUCCCGGCCCCGUUGGACCUCCCGGCCCUGCUGGACUCCAAGGACCACCUGGCAAACCCGGCACAAAUGGCUAUCCAGGCGGACCCGGACCUAAGGGUGAAGCUGGAACCCCUGGCUUCUCUGGAGCCCCUGGCAAGGAUGGAUAUCCCGGUGCACCCAGCAAGAUACCUGGCCCGCCUGGACCUCUGGGACCUGCUGGCCCACCUGGCUACAAUGGUGCUCCUGGUAAAGAUGGUCUUCCAGGUGGACCUGGUUAUCCCGGAAAAGACGGUCUUCCCGGUGCUCCAGGAUACACAGGUGCACCAGGCCUUCCAGGCAAGCCAGGCAAAGACGGUUACCCCGGCCCGGCUGGAACUCCUGGCUACCCCGGCGGUCCUGGCCCAGUUGGACCUGAAGGUAAAACCGGCGCACCUGGUUACACUGGCCGCCCAGGCCCAGUUGGUCCAGUAGGUAAACCAGGCCCAGGGGGCCCUCAAGGUAAACCAGGCACUCCGGGCUACCCUGGCGGUCCCGGUCCAGUUGGACCUCUGGGCCCCGUUGGCCCUGUUGGUCCUCAAGGAAAGCCAGGCACGCCAGGAUAUCAAGGUCCUCCAGGACCACCUGGACCUGCUGGUUCCCCAGGUCAAUCCUACGAAGUACCGGCCUAUCAGCCACCGGCUUAUCAAGAGCCGGCAUACCCAUCAUCAGCUUACGGUCUGUCGGUGUCACAGCCCAGCUACGAGCCCCCAGCAAUUAGUUAUGGUUAAAUACCCCAACUAAUCAAAUUUGAAUCGUUUCAAAGAUUUUUAUGGCAAAUAUUUUUGUCCAUGUCCAGAGUUUAAGAUUUCAAGAGUUUAUUUUACUUAUGUGCACCAUGGUUAUACU